AUGCAUACAGUAUUCUAAACUUUUCAGCAUAAAAUAUCCUUGUCUGUUUCAGUUAUUAAACAAUCUACUCCUUAAAUAUUGUUUGGCAUAAGUCUACUUUCUUGCUUAUACCUUUUAAAUAAAUAAUAUAAAGAGGAGAAAUAACCUGAACCUGAAAAGCCAGAAAAAAAAAUAAAAAAAAAAGCAUCAAGUUAAAAAAAUCUGGAUGAAAAUAAUCCUCAAUAUAUAGAUGUUAUAUAAGACCUGGUAUGAAUAGUUUAAUUUAAAAGAAAAAAAGCUAAAAGAAAUUAAAUAAAAAAAUUAACAAACAAUUUGAUGAUUCAAUAGACAACACUGAAGAAAACAUUCCAAGAUCACCUGAUUAUAGUGUAGUUUCAGAAAUUGAUCAAAAAUAUUUUUUAGAGUUGAUUUAAAAUUAAAAAAAAACUAAAAGAGCAUACCAAACUGAUUGUGAAUCAACACCUAUCAUAUCAUUAAGAGGGUAUGUUUCAUAAAAAAUUUUAGAUUUAAAAGAAAUUAAUAAAUAAUAGGAGAAGAAGAUAAAAAAGGAGAAGAUAGAUUAUUUUAUAUUUUGAAAUAACGUGUCAUCGAAUAAGAAGAUAGAGAAAAUGAAGUUGAUGAAGAUGAAGAUGAUUAUUGA